UUGAAAAAUCGUUUUGCUAAAAUCAGUCAAGUUAAUCUUAAGUAAAAUUUUUCUAAACAAUUGUGUUUUUGAUAGUUUCAAUCAUUCUGUAACAUUUACGAAUAUAUUAAUCAGUAAUCAUCAUGAUGCAACCACAAAUAUUGUUACUCAAAGAAGGAACAGAUUCCUCACAAGGAAAACCACAAGUAGUCUCAAAUAUCAAUGCUUGUCAAACAAUAGUUGAUGCUGUAAGAACAACGCUUGGACCAAGAGGAAUGGAUAAGUUGAUUGUAGAUGGACGUGGUAAGGCUACAAUCUCGAAUGAUGGUGCAACAAUCAUGAAAUUAUUAGAUAUUGUGCAUCCAGCUGCUAAAACUCUCGUCGAUAUUGCUAGAUCACAAGACGCAGAAGUUGGUGAUGGAACUACAAGUGUAGUUCUUCUUGCUGGCGAGUUUUUGAAACAAUUAAAACCAUUUGUUGAGGAAGGUGUUCAUCCAAGAAUUGUAAUUAAAGCAGUUCGUAAGGCAUUAGCGAUUUGUAUUGAGAAUAUUAAUAAAUUAGCAGUAACGAUUGAAAAGAGCGAUACAAAAGAACACCGAGCAUUAUUGGAGAAGUGUGCAGCAACAGCAAUGUCCUCAAAGCUCAUUCAUCAGCAAAAAGAUUUCUUCUCAAAAAUGGUUGUUGAUGCAGUUUUAAAAUUGGACGAUUUAUUACCAUUAAACAUGAUUGGAAUCAAGAAAGUCGCCGGUGGAGCUCUUGAAGAGUCUGAACUUAUUGAUGGUGUUGCAUUUAAAAAGACAUUCUCAUAUGCUGGAUUCGAAAUGCAGCCUAAACAAUAUAAUCCUUGCAAAAUUGCAUUGCUUAAUAUUGAGUUGGAGCUAAAGGCCGAAAGAGAUAAUGCCGAAAUUCGUGUGGAUAAUGUUAAAGAGUAUCAAAAGAUUGUGGAUGCUGAAUGGCAAAUCCUCUAUGAUAAAUUAGAAAAGAUUCAUAAAUCAGGAGCUAAUGUUGUAUUAUCAAAACUUCCAAUUGGCGAUGUUGCUACUCAAUAUUUCGCUGAUCGUGACAUGUUUUGUGCUGGACGUGUCGUUGAAGAAGACAUGAGACGAACAAUGAAAGCAUGCGGUGGUGCUGUAUUGACCACUGUUGCUGAUCUCAAAGAUAAUGUCAUGGGUAAAUGUGACUAUUUUGAAGAACGUCAAAUAGGCGGAGACAGAUUCAAUCUUUUCAAAGGAUGUGCUAUCGCCCAAUGUAGUGUAACUUUAGUUCUUCGUGGUGGUGCUGAACAAUUCUUGGAAGAAACUGAACGUUCCUUGCACGACGCUAUUAUGAUUGUACGUCGUACAAUCAAGAAUGAUGCAGUCGUUGCUGGCGGUGGAGCUAUCGAAAUGGAAUUGUCGAAAAUUUUAAGAGAUUACUCACGAACAAUUGCUGGAAAGGAACAAUUAUUGAUUGGUGCAUUAGCAAAAGCUUUGGAAAUUAUUCCUCGUCAACUUUGUGAUAAUGCUGGCUUCGAUGCAACAAACAUUCUCAACAAGCUGAGACAGAAGCAUGCUCAAGGAAAUAUUUGGUAUGGAGUUGAUAUAAACAAGGAGCACAUCGCAGAUAACUUUGAAGCCUGUGUUUGGGAACCAUCAAUUAUUAAAAUUAAUGCAUUGACUGCUGCAUGUGAAGCUGCUAGUUUAAUCUUGUCAGUUGAUGAGACAAUCAAAAGUCCAAAGUCAGCAAAUGAGAUGCCACAAGCAGGAGGUAUGCCAGCUGGAAUGGGACGUGGAAUGGGCAGACCUUUCUAAAAAAAUAAUCACUCGUCUACAGCACCUUUACCCGCACUUUAAUUGCACAUUAUAUACCUAAUUUAAUGUUUAAUUAUUUUAUAUUCAUUUACACGUCAUUGAAUAAUUUUUAUGGGUAAUUUCCCGGCCCAAUUGUGUCCAAAACACUAAACCAUAAAGCUUACUUAAUAAUUCUCCCCCUUUCUCUGCCUUUGAAUUACAUUUGCAUUAAUAAAAUCCAUUGAAAAAACAAGAAAUAAUAA